AUGGAAAGUGAGGUGCUCGACUUUGCUAAACUUUUCGAAUUAUAUUCUUGGAAAGAAAUCAAAAAUUGUCCUGGACGAUACGUAUUGAAUAAUCAAAUACUGAUACAAAUAUUUACAAGUGAAAUAUGUCGAGAUGCAAUACACAUUGGCAAAUUCACUGAUGGUGGUUUAUUAUCCUACGGAAAAUCUGAUGGUACAUAUGUUCAUACUUUGAAUAAUUCGUCUGGCUUGACACGAAAAAUGAACCACUUGAACAUACAUUUCGAUAACGAAACUAUACGUUGA